GAUCCUAUUUGUUAAUUUAGCAGCCUGAAUCUGCUAAUUGAAAUGUAACUAUAAUUUCUCGUCCUUUUCUAGAACAAAAUAGCAUUCAUUUCAUACUGAAGCAAAUAAAAUCUCUCAAUGUGGUGGAAAACACUAUUGAAAGUAAUAGUGAAUAUUGUAUGAAUGUUUCACCAAUUUGACAGUGUUAAAGGCAAAAUGAGUGUUGUCCAUGACCAUGCAGAUAUGAUUUAUGUUCAAACCAUUCAAACACGAGAUAUUUCUCAUUCUGAUGAUAUGAAGAUGUAGGUGAGCUGCUCUGGAAUUAUCACAACAUUGAUUACAAAAAAUAUUGUCACUUUUAAACAUAUGCUUCCUCUAAUAAUAGGUUAACUAAAACGAAGGUAUUCAUCUUUGAUUCUUCACACAGAUUUAAAUUACAAUGUUUAAAACUAUGCUUCAGAUUACUGUUCUGAGAAAUUCUACCUCGAUUGAGGUGCUGAGAUAGAACUUCCCUUCGGGUUUCCGUACCUGGUAAUGACGCCCCUUUUUACUUUGCGGAAGUUUGUGUUUUGCUGUCAAGUUAUUUAAAGCUAGUUUGGGCUGCUUCAGAUCACAAAACCUUAUUCCUUCACUACACAUUAUUAAUCAACAGAUGGUAAACCAUGGAUCUCAGUCCGGAAGCAAUACAGAAGAUACUGUCAAGGUACAAGUUUCGUGAUGUUGCUAUUGAGGAGCUGCAGAAAGUUCACCGGAUUCAUCCCGCGAUGAAACCAGUAGCUGGCACAUACACUUUCAGUGACGGCACCCAAAAAGAUCUGCUGAAGUUGAUUGGCAACAUACCUGUGAAAUAUGAAGGCCGUUCAUACAACAUGCCCAUCCUGCUGUGGCUGAUGGACUCCUUCCCCUUCACCCCCCCUAUCUGCUUGCUGAGGCCUUCCACCAACAUGGUCAUCAGGGAGGGGAAACACGUGGACGCCAGAGGACGCAUCUACCUCCCCAGCCUCCACAAUUGGGACCAUCCCAAGUCGUCUGUAGUAGGUCUCCUGGCUGAGAUGAUCUCCCAGUUUGAGGAGGAGCCUCCGCUGGGUACCAAGUCCACAGGAGACAACGGAGACCCCAAUGAGCUGCUGGCCUUUGUUUCCAACCUGAAGAUCAAUGAAGGUGGAGUACAGCAUCACGAUCACUUAAUCAACAAAGUCACAGUCAUUGGGGGCGGAGACUUGGGAAUGGCAUCAGUGAUGAGCAUUUUGGCAAAAGGUAAAGUGGAUAGACUAGUCUUCAUUGACGUAGCCGAGAGCUCCACCAAAGGUGGUAGCAUGGAUCUAGAGAUUUUCAACUUACCGAAGGUGGAGGUAUCUAAAGACAUGUCGGCGUCUGCCGACUCCAGUGUAAUCGUGGUGACGGCGAACGCGUGGAGCAACGAGCAGUCGUACGUGAGCGUGGUCCAGACCAACGUGGACAUGUACCGGGGCAUUAUCCCAGGCCUGGUCCGCCUUAGCCCCAACGCUGUGCUGCUCAUCGCCUCGCAGCCAGUGGACAUCAUGACCCACGUGGCGUGGAGACAGAGCGGCCUGCCACCAUCCAGGGUGAUUGGGGCGGGGUGUAACCUGGACUCUGAACGUCUCUGUCACGUCCUGGACAUCAGUCUCAACACACACAAACAGGCCUGGGUCAUAGGAGAACUCUCAGACAACAAGGUCCCUGUGUUGAGUAACAUUUUGAUGGGGGCUAGCCACCAACAUCCAGAGAUCGCACCCAGAUCCAAAGCUACCAAACCUCUGUUAGACCGGGCGUUUGAGAUGCUGAAGGGCCGUGGCCAACGCUCCUGGUCCGUGGGUCUGUCUAUCGCUGACAUCAGCCACAGUAUCCUGGUGGACCAGAGGAAGACUCACUCUGUCUCCACACUGGCACAGGGCUGGGGCGGUAUCGGUGCGGAGGUGUUCCUCAGCCUACCCUGUGUCCUGGGGGUGUCGGGUUCAACCCGUCUAGCAGGCGUGUCCCUGGGACAGGAAGAGGAUGCCAGACUGAGGGAGAGCGUCACGUCGCUCUGUGCCCUCCUCUCACAGCUCAGGAUAUGAUGCCCUGCCCCGGGCAGCACACCCAGCCAAUCAAUCUGACUGAUGAGGCCAUCGGCGCUCAGCAUGGAUGAGUGUUCUUCAGUCCUGGGCCCUGUUUCCUAAAAGCAUUGUAAGGCUAGGUUAAUCUUAGAACAAUAGGAUCCUAUGGUUCUAAGCCUUAAGACCUGGAAGGCAGUAGGGUGGGCAGGUUUUUGCCCCAGCCCUGUAAUAAUUCAUCAGAUUUGGCUAAUUUACUAAUUGUCAAGCUUUUGUUUAGUGGAAUCUGUUGUUAGUGCUGGGUUGGAACCAAAGCCUGCACACACUGGCAUAGAUGACGAGAAAGGGUCAAGUUCAAGCGAUGAAAGAUUUAAAUUUUUCGUAGUUUUCCAAAAUUAAAUGUAAUCUGGUUGAAUGGUGAAAACUGUUCAUUAUUUAUGAAGAAAAUUGUAUGCAAAGGAAUCCGAAAGAUGUCUUUAUUAUAUAUUUAACAGCUUAUUUACAGCACUCCAAUGCUAUAUUUCUGUAUGCCUAUCAUUCCUGGACUUUUUAGAGAAGGAAACAAAAAUGAACAUCUAAAUCUUAAUGACCAAAUAUUGACUCGGUGUCAUUACUAUUACGUUGUUAUGCACAUUUGUAGGGUGCUCUUCUUUGCACUCCACAUCCCCUAACCACAGUGAAGGUGUGGCUUGUUGUUGAAAUGUAUGCCGUGUUUUGGUGGAGGGAUAAAGCUGGGUCGUGUUCUUGUGGCACCAAACGGAACAUGGAGGUACUACCUGGACUUGUCCAAUAAGAAACGUUUGACUUUUCCGAUGCAAAACCUUUUCCGAUUGCGUGCCGUAAUGAACACGACCUAAGCUUAAUGGCCUUACUUUACUGCUGUCUUAUGCUGUUUUUCACUAUGUUGUUAAACUGGCUUUAUACAGUGCCUUCUGUUUAAUAUGCCUUCUGGAACUACUUCCCUUUAACUAUGUGCUAAACUACCUGCUGUGUGUGUUAAGAAACGUUGAAACCUGGUGUUGUACAUACACACCAACUGCUGGAGAUGAAAUGCUAUUAAAUACUAAAGUAAAGAUUUGUAUGUUUAUUAACCCUUUAACUGUCUCUUUGAAUGUAAAAAAUACAUAUUUCACCUUAAAUGUCAUUUAUAAGAACUUCCUCUCUUUUUUUUUUUUAAACUUUGUUUAAUUUGGAAAUUACAGGGCUCUACCAGGCAGUUGAAGUCAAUGCCACAUCAGAAUGACAAUUUGCAUAGCAUUUUAGUAAUCUAAAACAUACUACAAAUUUCUUUACUUCAAAUAGCUUUCAUAGGUAGGUAAGCAUUGUUAAAUGAGGACUCAUGUCGAAUAUUAGCAAAUUAUGGUUAUUGUAUUAAUAUGAAUGAAUGUGUUUUCAGGUGGUGUAUAGUGCAAUCUCCCCUAAAAUGGUUAUCUUCAAUUUCAAAUGUUUUAGGUUCUUACAUAAUGUUUCUCACCUUCAGACUACAUGUAAGGGAUAAUCAACGAGGAGCUAUGAGUUCUCUGGAAAACAAUGAAAUACGUGGAAGGAGUUACAUUAUUUUCCAUAGAACGCAUAAAGCCCUGAGAUGAUUAUCCCUUUUAUACCAUGGCUAUGACUUAACACAUUUACCGCUAGAAAUUUGUUAUUUUGCAGGUAGAAAUGUUCAACAUCCACACAAUGAACAAAAAUAUAAAUGCAACAUGUAAAGUGUUCCCUUGGUUCACGAGAUUAAAUAAGAUCCCAGAAAUGUUCCACAUGCACAAAAAUAUUAUUCCUCUUAAAAUGUGUGCAUAUCCCUGUCAGUGAGCAUUUCUCCUUUGCCAAGAUAAUUCACACACCUGACAGGUGUGGCAUAUAAAGAAGCUGAUUUAAAUGGCAUGAUCAUUACACAGGUGCACCUUGUGCUGUAGACAGAAGGCCACUAAAAUGUGGUUUUGUCACAACACAAUGCCACAGAUGUCUGAAGUUUUGAGGGAGCGUGCAAUUGGCAUGCUGACUGCAGGAAUGUUCACCAGAGCAUGUAAUGUUAAUUUCUCUCAUGUGCACUCUCUCUUUCUAAAUCCCCAUCUUGUGUAACACGUGUCAUAUCGUGUUGGUCCGCUAGGGACCUGUUUCAUUGUACUUAGUUCUAAUCAAUAGCCUAGACCACAGGUGUCAAACUCAUUCCACGGAGGGCCGAGUGUCUGCGGGUUUUCGCUCCACCCUUGUACUUGAUUGAUGAAUUAACAUCACUAAUUAGUUAGGAACUCCCCACACCUGGUUGUCUAGGGCUUUAUUGAAAGGAAAGACCAAAAACCUGCAGACACAAGGCCCUCCGUGGAAUGAGUUUGACACCCCUGGCCUAGACUGUUUAUGUAUGUUAUAUCAUUUAGCUGUUGGUAAAUAAAUAAUUAACUCAA